AAGAAAAAAACUUUAUAUUCGGCUCUUCAAAAUUUGGAGAUUCGUAGAUCACAUGCUUCUUCCCAGUCAAAGCCAUAGACCACUUCCAAUCGAUCUUCCCCAGGAAUCGAUUCGAGAAAGAUAACAGAGUAUAACGUUCUUCGGUAUCCGUAUGCUCAAGAAUUUCCCUGCUUUUUAUUAAUCAAUGGAGACAGCUGAAUCCCAUUAAUGGUGAUAAAUUCUGACUGUCCUUGCUCUGCUCGGCAAAGUCCAGAAACUUCGCUUCCUCUCUCGACCUCUGUUCACCCAAGAGUCUUGGUACCGCUACGGCCCACCAAUCUUUGAUCCGGGAAAUCUGCAUUUCCUCUUCCAAGCUCGGAUCUUUCCGAGGUUCUCACCAGCUUUUCUGGUCUUUUUUCUGGGGACGAGUCUUGGAUUUUGAGGGAUUCUUUUUUUGUUUUGUUUUGUUUUGUUUUGUAAGCUUGGAUUGGGUUCAACUUAAAGUCUCGGUUUUGAGUGGUCGCGACUCUUCUUCGGAGGAGGGCUUCGGGGGGGUCUUGUUUCGUGAGUAUUGAUAAAAGCAGGGUCGGCUUGAGUUUUCUUUAAGGCUGGUGUGAAACAGAAGAGAGAUUAAACAAUCACUCCUUGUUAACUUCGUGUUCGUUCCAGUCUCUCUUUCUUUCGAAGGGUUACACGUUACAUUGCCAACGAAGAGUCUCGAGGGAGACAGAGACGGGGAGAGAGUUUUUAUGUUCCUACAAAGUCGUAAUUGUAGAAAGGUCAAAAAUAGGGAAAUUAUUUCUUUUGAGAGAGAUUUCUGACUGUAUGUGUAUAUAAAGGGCAGGACCUAUUCCGGUUAUUUCUCUCUUCCUCCCACGGUCCUCUCUUUGUUCUCCUUGGUCUCCUCCGUUUCCUCCAAUUUCUCUCCGGGGUUCGGAGAGAGAAUUCUGAAACGAAAAACCUCUGUCUCUCUCCCUGUCUCUGAAAUCAUGGUCAAUAAUAAGGAUGCAAUGCGAUUGGGAUCAAAUCUUGAUCGCUUCCUCCAUCAAAUUUCGCCAGUAGUUCGAUCCCAGUUUCUCCCCCAGACUGAGAUUAGGAAACUGAAUAGCUUGUGGCAUCCAUGGGAGAGAGAAAAGGUUGAGUAUUUCACGUUGGAGGAUCUGUGGCACUGUUAUGAUGAAUGGAGUGCGUAUGGGGCUGGAGUCCCCAUUGUCUUGAGCAGUGGGGAGACCUUAGUUCAGUACUACGUGCCGUAUCUAUCUGCGAUUCAAAUCUUCACCAGCAGUUCGUCUGUCAACCGCUUCAGGGACGAUCUGGAAUUGGGAGAAUGUGAGACUAGGGAUUCCUUCAGUGAUUCAUCUAGCGAGGAGAACGAGAGUGAGAAGUUGUGGCAAUGGGAUGGGUGCUGCUCUGACGAUGGAGGAUCGGAGCAAGAUAGCCCAUGGCAUCUGAACGAGAGAUUGGGUUACCUUUAUGUGCAGUACUUCGAGAAAGACACUCCUUAUACAAGAGUUCCUCUCAUGGAUAAGAUCACCGAAUUAGCUCGAAGGUACCCGGGUCUGAAGUCAUUGAGAAGUGUAGAUCUAUCACCGGCUAGUUGGAUGGCGGUCGCUUGGUAUCCAAUAUAUCACAUCCCCAUGGGAAGAACCAUAAGGGACCUGUCAACAUGCUUCCUAACUUACCACACCCUCUCGUCUUCGUUUCAAGAUAUGGACAUUGAAGAUGACAUAGAGUGUGCUCAGAGGAAGAGAAAGGAAGGGGAAGACAUCUCCCUGCCUCCAUUCGGGCUAGCCACUUACAAGAUGCAAGGAAACGUGUGGGCGUCGGGGAAGAGUGGUCGGGACCAAGAGAGGCUGGCGUCGCUUUCGAGUGUGGCCGACUCAUGGUUAAAGCAACUUAGGGUCCAGCACCCCGAUUUCAGCUUUUUCACGGGUUCUUGGCGUGGGUAAGAUCCUUAGACCCCAUCGAUCCACAUAUCGUACCGACGGUUGCUUCCUUAAGCGAGAGAUCAAAAGCUGAUUGUCAAUUGCGUCCUGUCAUUAUUGGCCCUUUUGAGUGGGUUCUGCAGCGUUUCAUAGUGCCUAGAUAUGGUGAGACGUACGAAUCAGUGAUUUCGACGAAUAUGUGCUUCUUACGAUGUAACUGAGACUAUAACCAUGGAGUUGCGGUGGACCUGUGAGAGUUUACGUGUUGGGGAGGCAAAUUGUGACGUUCCUUUUCGAACUCCGACACGCAUCGUGUGUAUCAUGUGAUGCCGGACGAAUAGUUUGACAUUUUGUUGUGAUCUAGCAGCCGUGGGAAGAGGCAGUCCUCUCCAUGGUUAUGUACCAAUUUUUGUAUAGAUGUAAAUUCUCUUUCUCGCUUGCAUUGGCCUCCGUUUAUGCACUGCCUUUAUACU